AUAUGCUUGAAUCAAUAUCGUUUAAUUUUCAAAAAUGUGAAGAUGUUCUACUCGAUCGAAACGAAUCUUAUUACUUGAAUGAAAUUAAUCGAAAAUUAUUAUUGGAUUUAGUAAAAUUCUUGUUCUUAUUCAAAGUAGCAAGUGAACAGUUAUCUGCUGAUACAUCACCAACUCUUCAUUUAGUUGUACCUUGGUUUACGAAAUUGAAAAAUUCAUGUGAAAUUGAAGAAGGUGAUCAUUUAUUACUCGUUCAAUUCAAAAAUGCUGUUUCGAAGAUGCUGGAUGAAAAGAUUUAUUUGACGUCUUUACACUAUAUUGCUACUUUUUUGUAUCCAGCAACAAAAAAAUUUUUAACAUUAAGUAGCAGCUUUCGAGACGAAAUUUAUUCUGACACUCGAAAAAUGAUUCAAACCAUUGGUAUUCAACAAGAACAUUCAACUGUAUCAUCUACAAAACAGACUAAUAUUGCUAAUAAGACGUCGAAAAAAAAGAAAACCAAUUUAGUUAUUCAAAAAGAUGUUAUGCAAGAAUUUGCAGGAGUUGAGGAAGAGGAUUUUGAUGAUGAUUCUGAUGAAAUUGAUCGCUAUAUUAACACCAAGCUUUCAUUUUCAAGUGAUGACACGUUGUUAGGAUGGUGGAAUAAGCAUUCUUUAAUAUUUCCACAACUUGCUUUAUUAGCUAAGUCGUUGAAAGGCAUUCACGAUUGA